CUCGUUCCAGCCGGCUUCCCUUAUUCUCCCCCCAUAUAUACAAUCAUUCCCUUCAUGAUCUUGAUUGAUUUCAAGAACUCAAACAUCAUCACAUGAUCUUUAAAAACAAGUAAACAGAUUCCGAGUCGAGGAAUUAGACAUGGAUAGGCUUAUAAGCUUGGAGCCAUCCAAUAUUGUGGCGAUCAGGGUAGAACCGGGGCAGAGAUGCUCCGGCCAGCUUACGUUGCGUAACGUUAUGUACACGAUGCCGGUGGCCUUUCGCCUCCAGCCGACGAACAAAGCUCGUUACAGUGUCGUCCCCCAAUCAGGGAUCAUACUGCCUCUUACCACACUUACUCUUGAGAUCACUUACAACCUCCCACCUAACUCUAGUCUCCCCCACCGUUUCCCGUUCUGUGAUGAUUCAUUCAUCCUGCAGAGCGUGGUGGCACCCGGUGCGUCGAUCAAGAACCCGUCAUCUACUUAUGAUUCGGUUCCGAGUGAGUGGUUCACGAACAAGAAGAAACAGGUGUACUCUGAUAGUGGGAUCAAGAUCAUGUUUGUGGGAUCAUCCAUUCUGAGUCAUGUAGUUGCUAAGGGGCAUGAUAUGGAUGAAAUCAGGGAGGUUCUUGAAAAGAGUCAUCCUGCUUGGAAAUCAGCUGAUUCUGUUGAUUCUGAUGGACAGUCAUUGCUUCACUUGGCUAUUGCUCAGGGCAGGCCUGACUUAGUCCAGUUGUUGCUGGAGUUUGGGCCCAAUGUCGAAGCUUGUGGGGGGUCAGGAUCGAGCCCGCUCGAGGCGGCUGCAGCCUCAGGCGAGUCCCUGAUUGUUGAGCUUCUACUAGCACACAAAGCCAGCACAGAAAGAUCAGAGUCCUCCACUUUGGGUCCUAUUCAUCUUGCUGCAGGGAACGGCCAUGUCGAGGUUCUGAGGCAUCUUUUGCUGAAAGGGGCUAAUGUGAAUGCUCGGACGAAAGACGGCAAGAUGGCGUUGCACAUGGCAGUGGAAGAGAGGAGAAGGGACUGCGCGAGACUUCUAUUGGCAAACGGUGCCAGAGUCGAUAUCCAAAAUGCAAGUGAUGGGGAAACUCCACUGCACAUAGCCUCGUUUCUGGGAGACGAGCAGAUGGUGAAGCUUCUCCUCCACAAGGGAGCUAAUAAAGAUGUGAGGAACAAGUCCGGGAAGACAGCCUAUGAUCUUGCAGCCGAAAAUGGGCACACGAAGCUAUUCGAUGCCCUUCGCCUUGGGGACAAUCUAGCCAUGGCGGCUAGGAAGGGCGAGGUGAGGACGAUUGUUAGGCUUCUUGAGAACGGUGCGUGUAUCAAUGGGCGGGAUCAAAACGGUUGGACAGCACUACACCGUGCUGCGUUCAAGGGCCGGAUCGAUGCAGCCAGGGCCCUGAUUGAGAAGGGCAUCGAUGUAAAUGCAAAGGAUGAGGAUGGAUACACUGCAUUGCAUUGUGCUGCUGAAUCAGGCCAAGCUGAUGUGAUUGAACUGCUAGUGAAGAAGGGAGCCGAGAUCGAAGCAAGAACGAAUAAGGGCUUGACGGCAUUGCAAAUUGCCGAGUCACUACAGUAUUCGGGGAUCAUAAGGAUACUUGUACACGGAGGUGUAAGAGAUGGUAGUAAGCAGAAUCCGGAUCCUUUUACUGCUAAGGGAGUUGCAGGCAGAGAGAAGGAUAUCGCGGUGAUCAAGAAGAAGUCCAGACUCCACCGGAGUAGCUUCGAUCGGUCGGUGCCGUUGGCCGUGGUCUAGAUAUGAUCGAGAAGUGAACAAUCCAAGAGUUGGAAUUGUUUAUGGUUGAGUUUUUACAAAUUGACGAACAUUUGAAGAAGAAUUUAUUGAGAUAGUGUCCAGAAAGUUUGAAGUCUGAGACGCCUUCUUGCAAUUGUAGGGUUGCAUUGUGUUAGUUCAGGUCCUGAAUUUUAGGCCAUGACAUGAAAUUGUUUGUAAUGUAAGUUGUGUACUUGUCACCAAUGGUAGUGGUACUGUUGCAAAUUAUUACACUAAAAAUAAAAAGACACAAAAAAUUAAAUAUCAUGUUAUUGUAAGAUUAUGUAAAAUAUUAUUAGAGUUAUGAAAAA